GAUGGGUACUCCUCGAGUCAUGCUAUUGUAGGGCCGGCAGCUGUUCUCGAUGUCAAUGAAAUCGACCUGUUGCUGAGAAUACUGAGGUCAAUUCAAGUUGAGUACAUUUGCACCGUCACUCGGACAAAUAUAACCUUGAUAUACCGCGAGGCGCCAACAAGGUUAUAGGAAUAUAAUUUCAUUAUAUAUAAGUACUGCAUAUACAAUCAUCUUCCUCGUGGUAUCGGAAGACAGUGCUUGACUUUGUACGAGAGUCGAUGUUUUAAUAUCCCCAUCGUAUACACACACUCGGGAUUCGGAGGCUGGUUGCACGUGACGUAGAUAGCGCUAUCGAUCUGUGUCCUCUCACAGAGAUCUUGGUUCUACUACAAUGUCAAAGCAAAGUCAAUUCAUGGGUACAAUUCGAGAAACCUAAGCCGGGAGCAUGCCAUUGCCAAUAGGUGGUUCGUCCAAGUAUCAAUUUCUACACCAAGAAAAGACAAACAAUCUACUCCAAAUAUGAGUCACGCUUGGGGAUACGGUAACAACAAUGGACCAGAUCAUUGGUACAAAUCUUACGCCAUUGCUAAAGACGGCAAACGUCAGUCCCCGAUAGACAUUGUGACUGCCCAGGCCGAAUUUGACCCUACUCUCCCCGACCACCCGUUCCAAGUGAACUACAAAGCUGAGACCAACAUGGAGUUGGAGAACAAUGGCCAUUCCGUCAAGGCACAAAUGAAGGAAAGAUCCGAAUUGUGCGGCGGUCCCUUGGAGGGCACCUAUCUGUUAGAACAGUUCCAUCUCCAUUGGGGGAAAAAUAAAGGACAGGGGUCGGAACAUACUAUCGACGGAGAGAUGUAUGAUGCAGAGCUUCACCUUGUCCACUACAACUCAAAGUAUGGAACUUUUGCCAACGCCGCAGAUAAAACGGACGGACUGGCAGUGUUUGGAUUCAUGGUGAAGGUUGGAAAGAGUCACAAAGGGUUUGAAAAAAUUGCAAAAGGUCUUGGGAAUGUAAUGAUGACGGGAAAAAAGACCAACAUGGAGGAGUCUUUUGAUCCACGAUGUUUGUUUUCUGAUUUGUCGACAUACUGGACGUACAAGGGGUCUCUCACUACCCCACCACUGUUUGAGAGUGUCACGUGGAUAGUGUUCCAGACACCACUGGAGAUAUCCGAAGAACAGAUGGGAUCACUCCGAUUGCUUCAAGACUCUGAAGGAGCUAAUAUUGUCAACAAUUACCGCCCUCCUCUACCGGUAGGGAACAGGGUUGUCAACAGUUCCUUUACCCGUUAGAGACGUGAACGUCAUUUCUUUCAAACACCGCGAAAGAUGUGUCAAAAGUCAGCAGCACUGUUGUGGAUCUGUUUGUUUGUGUGUCCAAUACGUCACCAUGUUAUGUGUAUACGUAUCUGUAGGCGAAGUAAACAUCACCACAUUUCGUGUAUAUGUCAUGUAACAGUGUCAAUCACCUGCAUCUCCUUGACGUUUGUUCAGCAGACAAUUUGUCGAUGUGAUCCUAGAAGACUUACAAUAUAUAACCGUUCGCCUAAGGUUUUAUCAAAUGUGCUUCUGGAAUCUGGUCAAUGACUGGCCUGGAAAUUGUUCACUUUGAUUUCUUUCUAGUGCUCAAGUAAACUUUUUUAUUUGUUUAUCAUCACAGAGAAACUGACAUAAUUAUGACAGAUAUUUCAUUCCAAUCUGCUUUAUUUCAACGAUUUUAAAAAUUAGAGGGAAAAAUGACAAACCAUCAGUGGGAUUCUCUUUAAUAGAAAUUCGCCGGCGUCAAAGGAUGUUUACAAUACUUAAAAGUAUAUAUGAUAUAUUCUGUAGGUAUUUCAUUAAUUUUCAGUAACUAUACUUGCAAAAUCUGAACCCAUUUAGCGUAUGACAUUUUAAUUGGUGUCACAACUAGCAUAUUAUAUCAUUUUGAUGCUUUUACUAUACUUAACUAGUUUGAUAUGUUGUAGACGUAAUAUCUCUCUGUAGCAAUGGAUUUACAUUGUAAACACAGGCCGUCUCAUUACUGCGCAUGUGCAUUGCUAGUCUUUAGGACUUCCGGUUGCAAUAUGCUAUAAGUAAUUCAUAUUCAAUAACGCAUUUGUAAGUUUGUUGGCUAUUUGUGGAAUGCGCGAUAUUAUCUCUAUUUUUCCCGGUUCAAAAAGUUAAUUUGGAACUCAAUGGUACGAAAUAUUGUUUAAACAAAAUCGUGUUUUCCAAAAUGUCGUUACAAUAUAUAAUAUUACUCACUGAAAAUACUUAUAUCUGUUACCUAUAUCAUUGGAUUAUUAACAUGAUUGUAAAUAUAUAAGGUUAUUAAAAAUGUCUUUCUUGGCAUAUAAAAAUAUAAAAUAUUAUGAAAAUGCUUUUGUUAAAUUUUAUAUAUUGUUAAUAGUUGAAAAGCAAGUAUGUGAUGAUUUAAAUUGUAUAUG